GCCCUGUCACCGUCUUUCCUCUGCUGGAAUAAUAUGUUUACCCUCAACAUGUCUGCAGGAACAGAAGGAGCUGCUGUGGCCAACUUGUGACCGCUUUCUUCUAAAAGAGAAACGUCCUCAGUCAAGCACAGAGGCUGAUCACACCCUGUCCUCACCUUUACACCCCGCAGAGACCGAGCACGUUAACCCGGAGGCCACCAACAUGCCCGUCAACGAUCCAGAGAGCAUACUGAGCUACCAGAGGCCGGAUGAGGAGGUGGUGGUAGACCAGGGAGGUACGAGCUCUGUGCUGAACAUCCACUAUGAGAAGGAGGAACUAGAAGGCCACAGGACUCUGUUUGUGGGGGUGCGGAUGCCCAAGCAGGGCCAUCGUCACCACAAGGCCCAUGGAUCUCGCCACCGAAAGAGAGAAAGACGGGCAGGAAGUAGCUCAACACAGCAAAGCGAGGGAUCUGAGACAACCCCGUCCAGCCAUGAUACGCCGUCCCAGAGGGUCCAGUUCAUCCUGGGCUCAGAAGAAGACGCUGAACAUGUGGCUCAUGAACUGUUCACCGAGCUGGAUGAGAUCUGUGUAAAGGAUGGCAAGGACGCUGAGUGGAAAGAAACAGCCAGGUGGCUGAAGUUUGAGGAAGACGUGGAGGAUGGCGGCGAGAGGUGGAGCAAGCCCUAUGUUGCGACUCUCUCCCUCCACAGCCUGUUUGAGCUCCGCAGUUGCCUCAUCAACGGCAGCGUGUUGCUUGACAUGCAUGCUGACAGCAUCGAGGAGAUUGCCGACAUGGUGCUGGACCACCAGGAGGCGUCCCACGAGCUGGACGACAGCGUGAGAAUAAAGGUGCGCGAGGCUCUGCUGAAGAGACACCAUCACCAGAACGAGAAGAAGAAGAACCUGAUUCCUAUCGUUCGCUCCAUCACAGAGGGAACCCGCAAACAGUCAGAGCCCCAUCUGACAGCCACGUCUCCACAGCCUCCUCCAGCUACAGAAUCAGUUAAGAACGGUGCUGGACAGGACAGCGCUCAACCGGUCGACCUCAGCAAGGUGGACAUGCACUUCAUGAAGAAGAUCCCAGAGGGGGCAGAGGCCUCCAAUGUGUUGGUGGGAGAGCUGGACUUCCUCGAGAGGCCCAUCGUGGCCUUUGUCCGCCUCUCUCCUGCCGUUCUGCUCACUGGCCUCACUGAGGUGCCCAUACCUACCAGGUUCCUCUUCAUUCUCCUGGGCCCGGAUGGAAAGGCUCAGCAGUACCAUGAAAUUGGACGCUCAAUGGCGACCAUCAUGACAGACGAGAUCUUCCAUGAUGUAGCGUACAAGGCGAAGGACAGAGGUGACCUGCUUGCUGGAAUAGAUGAAUUCCUGGACCAGGUGACUGUCCUGCCGCCAGGAGAGUGGGACCCCUCCAUCCGCAUCGAGCCACCUAAGAAUGUCCCCUCUCAGGAGAAGAGAAAGCAGCCAGGAGUCCCUAACGGUACAGCCUGCCAGGUAGAGGAAGAACUACAUGCUGAGCACCAUGGGCCAGAGCUGCAGAGAACUGGGAGGUUGUUUGGCGGUCUGAUCCUGGACAUCAAGAGAAAAGUUCCUUUCUAUCUGAGUGACUAUAAGGAUGGACUGAACCUCCAGUGUGUGGCCUCUUUUCUCUUCCUCUACUGUGCCUGCAUGUCUCCUGUUAUCACCUUUGGAGGACUGUUAGGGGAGGCGACAGAGGGACGCAUUAGUGCAAUAGAGUCCUUACUUGGUGCAUCUAUGACUGGAGUGGCAUACUCACUCUUUGCUGGUCAGCCUCUCACCAUUCUGGGCAGCACAGGUCCUGUACUGGUGUUUGAGAAAAUCCUCUUCAAGUUCUGCAAGGACUAUGGCCUGUCCUAUCUGUCACUGAGGACCUGCAUAGGCCUGUGGACAGCCCUCCUGUGCUUGGUGUUGGUUGCCACGGAUGCUAGCUCUCUGGUGUGCUACAUCACUCGGUUCACAGAGGAGGCCUUCGCCGCCCUUAUCUGCCUCAUCUUCAUCUACGAGGCCUUGGAGAAGCUAUGCCACCUGGGAGAAAUCUACCCCUUUAACACACACAGCGAUUUGGACAAACUCACACUGGCAUACUGCAGGUGUGCAGAACCUGAUAAUCCCAGUAAUAAAACAUUAGAGCUGUGGAGUGACAAAAACAUCACAGCGUCUAAUGUAUCCUGGGCCAACCUCACUGUCAAGGAGUGUAACAAUCUGCAGGGUCACUUUGUUGGGACGGCAUGUGGCCACCAUGGCCCUUACACCCCAGAUGUUCUCUUCUGGUCCACCAUUUUGUUCUUCUCAACCUUCUUCAUGUCGGCCUUUCUCAAACAAUUCAAGACAAGUCGUUAUUUCCCCACCAAGGUGCGGUCCAUGAUCAGUGACUUUGCGGUGUUCCUUACCAUUGUCUUCAUGGUUCUGCUUGACUAUGUCAUUGGAGUACCAUCCCAGAAGUUGAAGGUGCCCAGCAAAUUCCAGCCCACCAGAGAUGAUCGAGGUUGGCUGAUUAAUCCAAUAGGACGUAACCCAUGGUGGACGGUGCUGGCUGCCUCCAUUCCUGCUCUCCUUUGCACCAUCCUCAUCUUCAUGGACCAGCAGAUCACUGCUGUCAUCAUCAACCGCAAAGAGCACAAACUACUGAAGGGCUGUGGGUACCACCUGGACUUGUUGAUGGUGGGGCUGAUGCUGGCAGUGUGCUCCAUCAUGGGCUUGCCCUGGUUCGUAGCAGCCACUGUCCUGUCCAUUUCUCACGUCAACAGCCUGAAGCUGGAGUCAGAGAGCUCGGCUCCCGGGGAGCAGCCUCGCUUCCUGGGCAUUAGAGAGCAGAGACUCACAGGCCUCGUCAUCUUCCUGCUCAUGGGCUGCUCUGUGUUCAUGACCGGAGCCCUGCAGUACAUUCCUAUGCCAGUCUUGUAUGGGGUUUUCCUUUACAUGGGAGCCUCUUCAUUAAAAGGCAUCCAGUUCUUUGACCGCCUGAAGCUGUUCGGCAUGCCAGCGAAGCACCAGCCAGACUUCAUCUACCUGCGCCACGUCCCCCUGAGGAAGGUGCACAUGUUCACGCUCACCCAGCUCACCUGUCUGGUGCUGCUCUGGGUCAUCAAGACUUCGCCCGCUGCUAUCGUCUUCCCCAUGAUGGUGCUGGCUCUGGUUUUUGUGCGCAAACUGCUGGACUUGUGCUUCUCUAAGCGAGAGCUGAGUUACCUGGAUGAUUUGAUGCCCGAAUGGAAGAAAAAGAAUCUUGACGAUGCCUCCAAAAAGAUAGAAGAGGAAUCACAGGUGAUGCUCAGUGCGAAGCAGGAAGAUACAUCUACAGUUCAGAUUCAGAUGGAGAGCAGCAAGUCUGCUCAGACCAUAAAAGCACAUGAUCCCAGGUGUGACCCCUCUGACAUUAAUAUAUCCGAUGAAAUGUCUAAAACCACCGUGUGGAAAUCCCUCAACUCCAAUCAAAGGGACUCUCGUCCUGUGGCUGCUAAGAAGGAUUGAAGGGAUCACAUUCAUAGAUGAGUAAACGAUGUCCAGAGUCCCAACAGACUUGACUGUGUCGUUUGACUGUAGUUCUGGACCUCAGGAUGCUGCUGUGAUUUGGCUGCAUUGACCGUCGGCCACUUCAGUGCUUAGAGAAGAAAGUCUCAAUGAUUUGUACCAGCUGCCUGCAACACAGACCACAGACCGCAUUACACUUGCAUACAGACAGACAUGCACAUUCUUUUAGCUUUGUGAGGACUGAUUAUAUACCAAGCUAAAACCGAUAGUCUAAUACAACAAAAAAAUCCAAUCCAAUAGCCCUGAUCAUACCUUGAUGAAGUUUCUAAUGUUCAUUUUUUGUUGAAACAGUUUCAGAAAAGUGUAAAUUCAUUUAUAGAGGAUGCAGUUUGUGAUGCUUUUGAACUGCAUUGAGAGAAAUGUUUUAAAUAUUUUGUCUACCCUAUUUAUGUGAUGGGAACAGACCCAAUACUGAAUUAGUUUUUGUGAUAUUUAGCUAAUAAACUGGCUUCUGAGCAUAUUAUGAUAUUAUGAUAAUGACACGAAGGUCUUCAUUUGGGAAUUUUUCUUUUUUUGGUCCUCACAAAGAUAGAUGAGUCUGCUGGCACACCCCCCCCCCUUCAAAAACAAACCAGGUUCUUUUUAAUAAUCUUGUAGGUCUCCUACUAAUCAUUUCUUAAAUCUACCAGUCUAUUUAUUCCAUGGAACAUGAGUGCAUUAUUCAUUUUUUUAAAAUAGUGUUAUUGUCAGGUAUUUAGUAGAUUUUAAGAAUACAUUACAGGUUCAGUAGACAAAUUCUCAUUUGUGGGCAUAAAACUUUGUGGUCAGUAUUGUGUGAUGGUGUAAACUGAAAUCUGUAAAAGUUAGAAGACCCACUUCAGUUGAAGCAGUGGCAUCAAUAAUAAUAAUGUGUUUUUUUAGGUGAAAUAUUUUCAUUUAUGGACGAUGGUUAUCGAGAAUGGAGGUUGUUCAGCCAAAUGUUUGUCAUGUGUUAGUACAGUGACUUAUUUCUUUACCUCAGACAAGGUUAUGAAUGCUAAUGCAAGGCACUGUAGAUGACGUCAGGUGUGUGUGUGUGUGUGUGUGUGUGUGUGUGUGUGUGUGUGUGUGUGUGUGCUUUUGAGUGUGGGAUGGUACAGCCUUUUCUUUCAAGCAAUAAUUUUCCUCAUACAAAACCUAUAUUGACCUUACCACAUCUUUUUUUUAAAUCUGGGUCCUUUUGUACCAGUGCAACCUUGUUUAUCCAUCCCUUGGUGAAAUAAUGGCUGUUUAGGAAAAUGUUAUAUUUGAAACCAAAAGAUAAUCACUUUACUUAUGUUUGCCAAAAAACAAUUACACACAAUUACAUUACUGAAAAGUGAUAUUGUGACAUUAUCCCUAAGAUUCUUCUCUAAUGCAUUCUCCUAAUUUUCUACUAUCAUCAUCACAUCUAAUUGUUGCAGUUGUGGAGCUAAAGGGAGCAGAGAGAUUCUGGUGUGAGAGAAUGAGCUUCAAUAAUUACCAAUAACUUUAUUUGCAGUAGCACUUUCUGUAGAUAAAGACUUUGUGAUAUAUUUUAUUUUCCAACAAUAUAUUAAGCAAUGAAAUGAUUUUACAAUAAUUUAUUAUAGUUGUUUAUUUUUAGAUAUUAAAAAUCUCUUUACUUUCUGUAUAUACUGUAAUGAGUAAAGGGAGCUGAGGGAGAGGCUGAAGAAUGCAGCGCGUCAAUAAUGGUUUAAUGAAUGAACUCUAUAAAAUACCACCACAGGUUGAUCUUACAUGGAGAGACAGCAGACAGCAGGAAUUUGUCUAAUAAACUGAUUGUCACAUCCUUCUAUUGUCGAUGGAGAAGCUGGAGAAUCCAUUGAUUUUUAAUAAACAUUUUAAUAAACUAAAUUUAGUAUUAACUGUUGCAUAAGUAGUAAGAAAUUAGCAGCAAAAAGUUAGUUACACAGCAAUUUCUUGAAGCGUUGCUUCACUGAUCAUUCCAGGUCAAGUGAGGUUGUUGAUCAGAUUAAAUGUGUAUUUCAUUGCUACUGAAUUCCACUAUUUCUCGAUUUAUAAGAAAAAAUAUUUGUUAACUUAUAGAAAUUACAUUGUUUCCUUUUAAAUUACUUGAAACUAAAAACAAUUUCCCCAAACUUUCAAGUACAUUUGCAGUGAUUCAAUAAAGUAAUCUAUUAAAAAUUGAUCCAUUAAAGGAGGUGCUGGCCCCAAGUCUGAUUGGUCCCUGAAGUGCCCCUAUCAGUAGUCUUUUUUUAAAUAAACCAGUCACUUACUAGCAGAACACAUUGUUCUUAAACAAGGAAUCAUUUUCAAAACAUAUUCAGUGAUGUGUGGUUUUGCUCAAAUCUAUAGAGCUAACAACACUAAAAGGGAAUUAAAUAAAUGCACCUUACUGAAUCAGAAAAUCUACACGGAUGUUUGACAUAUAAUUGUUCCCUCUGUAAACUGUGGCCCCUUUAUGGUCCCAGAAAAAUCCUAUCCGCCACUGCUAUCAAUAUUUUCUCCUGUUUCUAAUCUAUAAUGUCCUUGUUGUACUGUCUAAUGAGAUAUCAAUUAGUGAAUUGUUUUAUAUACAGUAUAAUCAUUCUCAAGGCUUCCUAACAUAGUCCCCAUCAUUUCCUUUCAAGUGACUUUAAAGCAAUCUGCACAAGUGCAGUAAUCUAUCACUAACCUUACAUGCAGUAAAACCUCCUCCAAGACAUGAAUGAAAGUUUCAUACAGUGUUUUUACUGUCACACAUCUGCUUUGACUCUGACAGAGUUUUGAAUGAAUGCUCAUCAUGUGUCUGAGGACCCAUCAUUAACUGUGGAACAGCAUGACUAAAUAUUAUCCAUUGUGUACAUAUAUAUAUACAAAGCCUAAAAUACUGAAAAUGCUGUAAAUUAAGGAAUAAACUGAAAAUACUUCCACACUGGGAUUGACCAAAUUGUAAAAAAAAACACUUUUAAACAUCUCGUGUCAAUGACCAUGAAUGUGCUGUAACAGAAUACAUCAUUUAUAUAGUGAUCGUUAAAGUAAUGAACAACAUGUGUCUUAACGUUGAGGUUCAACUCAUUAAUGUAUAUGUGAAUGUGUGAAAAACAUAAAAUAAAAUGCCUUCAAUAUAUACACGUGACCACAAGUGGUCAUACAUUUAGACGUAUGUGUGUAUAAAUAUAUGUGCUGUACAUGUGUGCCUGUCACAGAAUACAUAACCAUUUCCUGUAGUGCUGAUCAUUUUGACCUUUGACCUUACAUCUGACCAAAAACAGACAUUUUAAACGUCAGUAAUGAGGCAAAAGCUGCCGGAAAAAAUUCUUACUGUGACUCAUUUUGGACAAAUGUCUUUGUUAUAUAAAAAUACAGCAAGAGACCUUUGUCUCCUCACCUGCCUAUUUCAAUUAUUAUGUGUUGAUAUAAGUGAAAACUGUGUGAGGCUGUGUCCUAAUGAACUAAAACCUGUAUCUGUUUCAAGAGAACGGUCAAAGAAAGAGAGAGAGAGCAGAUGUUAUUUCAGGGAAAAGAACAUCUGGACUGCUGUAAACUUAUUCCUAUAGUCUUGGAGCCAUAGAAAGAGCAAAGCCUUGUCCGUUCAACCACUGAACGAUUAGUCCAGGGCAAAGGAAUUAUACAUGUUUUAUAUGUAUGUGUAAUUUAA